AUGUCUAACAGAGGCUGCCCACAACUUGCAACGGAGAUCCAACUGGAGAUACUGGAAUUUCUGGCCGAAGACGCUCGUCACGAGGUCGCAGAACGCCAGUAUGACGAUGCAUGGCGCUGCUAUGCUCGACUUCUAUUGCCCGCCAUUCUUGUCAACAGAGAGUGGGCGCUUCGAGGUACCGAUCUUCUCUGGCGCGAGCCGUUCACUCCUGCCUUGGCCAAGAUACGUUCAGACAGGCGACAAAUUUAUGCCGACAAAGUACAGAGUAUCGGACUUUAUCUCUACCGAGCCGAUCACACUGGAUGUGCCGCAGCAUUUGCCAACCUGAAAUUCCCGCGAUUGAAGAGACUGGAGAUCAAUUCUUGCCCGGCAUGGCUCAAGCUCGAUUUACGUCCGUAUCUCAGUUUAAACGUUACCUCCUUUACGAUGGUGGAAUGUCGCCAUCUACCUCGAUCGGUGCUCGAUCUGAUAGCUUUCUGCUGUCCCAAGCUUCGAGAUGUCCAUGUUGACUACGAUCGGGACGACCAAAGAAACGAGCAUUUUCUCAAGUUCUUGCAAAAGUGCCGACAAGUACGCGAGCUUACUUUGGGAUGUGAAAAUGAUCUCAGCCUUCCUGUUGAUGUCCUGGACAAUCUUGUGGCCAGGAAACAGUUAGAAGUAUUCGAUGCUCCACGAAAGUUCGUCUCUCAUCACUCGAUUGCUACCGUCCUUCAGCAAAAUCCACGAAUCAGACCAUUCCGCAAUAUCCGGAACCUCUUCCUGAGCAUCGAGUCGAAAGCACUGACACCAUUACUUUCUGCAGCUGAGUUGCUGAAGGAGCUUCAACUGACCUUGACCGACUCGGAUCAUGAUGUCUUCGGGCCCAUCGGCUGUCUGCCUUGCUUAGAGACCGUCGAUCUCUGUUUCUCUGCGCCCAAACGUCUUGCCAUCCAAGAGUUACAAGCGAUCUCAGGCUUGACACGACUCAAAGAUCUCAGUAUCUACAGGCCCACGAGAGGUCCCUAUCAAGAAGAAGGAACUCUGUUGGUCGCCGAAGCUUGGACCGACGACGUCUUCCGUUCUUGGAUAUGCAGUUAUCCUGAGUUGAGGAAGCUGCAGUUUGGCGUAAGCCCCUUGGCUAGCCAUUGGAUAUCAGAGACAAGACUCAUCGCCGAGAGCUGCCCAAAGUUGACCGAGUUGAUCAUGGACGGUAUACAUGAUAUUGGAGCUUGGAAGGUCUCGUCGCAACCACUAUUUCCACAGCUUCGGGCGCUUGAACUUGGUCAGAUCAAACCUUGGCCUUUCUGCAUGAGCGCUGAAGAGACUGAAGAGCAUGCUACGGGUAUUGCACUGAUGAUCCAUCAACACGCACCAAGGUUGAGGGAGCUGCAUGUUGGGCGAGAUGAUCUCGGAACUGCAAUUGAGCAGGCCUACGACGAGCUGAAAACGGACUUUGCGGUUACAGAUGUUGUGAUGCAUGAUUGUUAG